CGACGAGGAAGGCGCAGGCGGAAGCAAUGGCCGACGGCGACGCGCGGGGCCUGGAGGAGCAGGCGGCGGCCGCGGCCGAGGCGGCGCGGGAGCUGCGGGAGGCGGCGGCGGCCCUCGCCGUGCGCCGCGCCGCCGACGAGGACGCGCUGCGGCGCCGCGCGGUCGCGCUGGACGGGGACCUAAGGCGCCUCCAGGGCUCCGUCGCCGCCCUCGAACCCGCCGCGCUCGACAAGGUGGAGGAAGACCUGGAGCGUGCCAAGCUAGCAAUCUUAGACAGUGACGUGGCUGCGUUUCUCCCAAACAAGGGAAAUGGGAAGUUCCUAAAGAAGUUUGUUGGGCCUGUGAAUGUGCGGAUUGCAAGGAAGGAAGAUAAGCUCAAAGUGAAGGACGAGUACAACAAUUAUAGGGAUAGGGCUGCCUAUAUGUUCCUGUUGUUUCCAUCCAUUCUCCUCUUAUUGAGAUGGUGGGUGUGGGAUGGGUGCCUUCCAGCAUUAGCAGUCCAGAUGUACCAGGCUUGGUUAUUAUUCCUCUACACAAGUUUUGCUUUGCGGGAGAAUGUGUUGCUUGUAAAUGGAAGUGAUAUUCGUCCUUGGUGGAUAUAUCACCAUUAUUUAGCAAUGCUAAUGGCUCUUGUUAGCCUUACAUGGGAGAUAAAGGGACAGCCUGAUUGUUCAAGCAAGCAGAAAGGGGUACAACUUUUCUUGCGUUGGGCAAUCAUGCAAGGAAUUGCAAUGCAUCUACAGAAUAGGUACCAGCGUCAAAGAUUACGCACCCGAAUUGCUCUAGGAAAGGCUAAAAGAAUGGAUGUUGUCGCUGGAGAAACAGCUGGUGUGGAAGGGCAGCUAUUGCUGCUAUAUCCUGUUCUUUUUGUAUUACAGGGUUUUGAAGCAUAUGUUGGAGUAUUGCUUCUUCAGACGGCUUGGCAUGGGCUCACCUCUGAAUGGCAGGUCGCAGUUUGCGGGAUCUUGCUGGUGGUGAUGGCGGUUGGUAACUUUGUCAACACGGUGGAGACUCUGGUCCUAAAACUGAGAUUCAAAGCGAAGAUGAAGAGGACAAAGCCCAGGCAGGACCCCGGCCAGGCCGGUCCAAACCGGCCACAUCAAAACUGAUCAAGCAUCAUAAUCCAGGAUGGCCACUCCAUGCCUGGAGACAACAAUGCUGACACCAUCUCUACUGUAAAUCCUUGAAACCAUUUUUUGUGUGGUCUUGAUUUUUUUCUUGUUAUUGGUAAAAUUGGUCCUGUAACACUGAAGUCCAUACUCUGUUCAGUGCACGAUACGGCCGCGGUGACAAUAAUUGCAUUUUCUUUGGAUGGGAAUUCACGGUGAUGUAUUGUAGGAACUUCUGCUUGUUGAAAACUUUUGACGGAGGUGAUGAUUGGUGUGAGUA